AUGUUGUCCACCUUGAUUUUCAUUGUCGCCGUGCACCUGGUACCAACACUCUUUGUGUCUGGUGCGACUGGUACAGGCAGCUCCCAUACCUGUAGUGCAGCGAGCACUGCUAUCUCGGUUGCCGUAAAACCACAGACGAAAGAGGUCAUAUUUGUCUGCGAACAAGCCGUGCCGUAUGUCUGGCCAGCUGGUGACGCCGUGGUCACCACAUUCUUCAGUAAAGGGGACCUAAAGGACACAGAAAAACUGGCAGAUGUCUUCGGUGCAGGGUCGCAGCUCACCGUCCAGGCGUCAGAUAAGGAGAAGAAGCCUGGUGCUCCGGUUACAGCCACACUUACGAUCAAACAGUUUGCCGAAACACCGCGAACCAUCUAUUUCGCCUGUGGCACCACUGAGUCUCCGGCGAAGCAGGCAACGUCUAGAAGGUUGAGUGGCGAUGAGGAAGGUGCAGGAGAGCGUGGAUCCAAUUUGAAUCUCCAAGGUAAAGAACAUCCUACGAAUGGCAAGGAAAACCAGGAGGGAGGGGGCGCUCCAAAAGGGGAAAACAAGGCCGCGGCCGAGUCGUCCGGUAAAGGCAGAGCAGUUGUCAGGUUAUCUGGACCCUCGCCUGCGCGAAGUACCCCUGAAAGCAGUGUGACGAGCGCCAGGCGUCCUUCUGGCACGCCUGAUGGGCAUCCGAAAGGGGAGCAAAGCGAUUGGGCUCAUCAAGCUGGUGCAGCACCUCACCAGCUAGACAGCACUACUAGCGUCGAGCACCGCGAUGAAAAUCUGGAGCAGAAUGGCGAGCAGAUCCCACCGCAUGUUCUGCCUGCCGUACCGCCGCCUUCGAGCUCCCAGGGGUCGAGCGGAUCGUCCUCUGCUGGGCCAAAUGACGAGCUAGGGAAAACGUCCUGCCUUGUCGCAGUUACAGUUCCCGCGGAGCCAAAUGGCGUCACUUGCAUUGCUGAGAAGAAGACCAUGGAGCUUGAUAUAAGCAGCAAAACAAAAGUCGUCACCUUCAAGUGCGGAUCAACAAUUCCUUCCCUCUCGCCUGCCAACAGUUCACUGAAUGUGUACGAUGGGUCAUGCAAGAAUGAAAUGCUACUGGAAAAAGUCCUCUCGACUGCCAAGCUGGAAUCCACCGAUUCGGGCUACGCAUUCAGCGUGGAGGGACUCCCUGCCACCCCUACAGCGGUGUGUUACAAGUGCUUGCCAAAUCCGGGGAAGGAGGCGGGAGCGCCGGAGUGUACGAUCAGGAUCAGUGUUGCAGGCAGAGAGCCGUCGGAAGCAGCAGCCGGUUCGCUUCGAUUUGCUCCUCUUGUUUUAGCGUCCAUCGUGAGCACGCUCCGCUUCUAG